UCUUAAAGCUGCUGGGCCCUGAAAUUUUAUUCAGCAGUUUGAAAUCAAUCCACUGCUUUCCUCACUCGCCCUACCACUUGGGGCUAAUGCACAGGCAUGAACACCUAUUGAGGAAAACCACAAAAAACUUCAAAACGGCUGUAACGGGAAAAGCAGAGUUUUGUCCCACAGUCUGCAGGCCACUGGUUUAUUAACUUCUAGUCACCUUGAUUUCUGCUGAAAUGAAGACUGUGCAGUCUACACUGCUCCUGUUACUGUUCAUGCCUCUGACAGAGCCAGCACCACCAGCUCAGCAGGACUCAGGCAUCACCCAUGAGUAUGGAACAGAUAACUUGGAAGAAACCAUAUUUAGCCAAGAUUAUGAGGAUAAAUACCUGGAUGGAAAAAAUAUUAAGGAAAAUAUGAUAAUACCUGAUGAGAAAAGUCUUCAGGUACAAAAAGACGAAGCUGUAACAUUAUUACCCCCCAAGAAAGAAAAUGAUGAAAUGCCCACGUGCCUCUUAUGUGUUUGUUUAAGUGGCUCUGUGUACUGUGAAGAAGUUGACAUCGAUGCUGUACCACCCUUGCCAAAGGAAUCAGCCUAUCUUUAUGCACGAUUCAAUAAAAUUAAAAAGCUGACUGCUAAAGAUUUCGCAGACAUGCCUAACUUAAGAAGACUUGAUUUUACGGGAAACUUGAUAGAAGAUAUAGAAGAUGGUACUUUUUCAAAACUUUCUCUGUUAGAAGAGCUUUCGCUUGCUGAAAAUCAACUACUGAAACUUCCAGUUCUUCCUCCAAAGCUUACUUUAUUUAAUGCAAAAUACAACAAAAUCAAGAGCAGAGGGAUCAAAGCAAAUACAUUCAAAAAAUUGAAUAAUCUCUCCUUCCUCUACCUGGACCAUAAUUCCCUGGAAUCUGUGCCUCCUAACUUACCAGAAAGUCUACGUAUAAUUCAUCUUCAGUUUAACAACAUAACUUCAAUUACAGAUGAUACAUUCUGCAAGGCUAAUGACACUCGUUACAUUCGGGAUCGGAUCGAAGAGAUUCGCCUGGAGGGCAACCCAAUCAUCCUGGGAAAGCAUCCAAACAGUUUUAUUUGCUUAAAAAGACUACCUAUAGGGUCAUACUUUUAAUCACUAUCAAUACAGCUUGUAAGCUAAAGUACACAUACAUAUAAUCUGUCUAAACAUUUUCUAAAGGAUCAUAAAUACAGGUUUAAUAUUAACUUUUUAUCCCACUGAGAUGGAAUUUUAUGUUUUAAACAAAGAUUUGAACCAUCUUACAUAACUGAAUCUCUAAGUUCAAAGUAAUGUAAUGUGAAAAUAUUUAAACAGCACUAGAAAACCCCUCUUGAUUACACUAGACUACCAUUUAAAAGGCAUGUUUUUAUAUAAAUACCAUUUGGAUGUUAUUACUCCCCUUACUAAUAAAGGAAGAGAAGAAGUCCAAGAAA